AAUACCGAGCUUUUAAAACAGAUUAUGGAAGAAAACAGCAAACGCGAAGCUGAUCAUACAAAACUUAAAGAAGAUACUACUAACCUCAAGACCAAAAACACUGAGCUUGAAGCCGAAGUAGCGAAAUUAAGACAUGAUAUUGAGGAAAUCAAAAAGAAAGAUCAAACCAUUUCUAAUAUACAGGAUGCACUUUCUACGGAAGAGAUUUC